AUGAUGAGUUACAGCUUAGCUACCUCGAGAAAUAGGGGCUCGGCUUUGUAUGCUGGGGGACUACUCAAAAUCGUAUCGUCUUCCAAAUGUGGAAAGGUAGCGGGCUUGAGUGCCGGUGCAAGAUGUAUAUCAACACGUGAACUCGACGCUUCGAAAGGCGACCGUGAAAGAGUCCUGAUUCUUGGCUCGGGCUGGUCAGGCUUCACGCUUUCUCGCCAACUGGAUCCUAAGAAAUACCAAACAGUUGUUAUUUCUCCACGGUCAUAUUUUGUGUUCACGCCAUUAUUGGCUAGUACAGCUGUGGGGACUUUGGAAUUUAGAAGCGCGCUUGAGAGUGUGAGAGGCAGAGGAAGAUGGAGAGGGUGGGGUUUAGUAGGUGGCGGAUGGGGUGGAUGGGGAGCGAGAGGGAACGGGGUCGAGUUUUGGCAGGGGUGGGCAGACGACGUAAACUUUGAUAAGAAAACUAUCAAAGUAGAGGAAAACGCAAUUGAGAGACCCAAAACUGCUUCCACAACAAUAGAAAAGAAAGGAAAAGGAAAAGUAUUUGAAGUGGACUAUGAUAAAUUGGUGGUUAGUGUUGGGUGUUAUAGUCAAACAUUUGGGAUUGAGGGGGUGAGAGAAAAUGCAUUGUUUUUGAAGGAUGUAGGAGAUGCGAGAAAGAUUAGGAAGAGGAUCUUAGAAUGUUUCGAAACAGCUGCAUUACCAACCAGUUCCGAUUCUCUCAGAAAACAACUUUUGAAUUUCGCCAUUGUAGGCGGCGGUCCAACUGGAGUCGAAUUUGCAGCCGAACUCUUUGAUCUUUGUCAUGAAGAUCUCUCCACUCUAUACCCUUCUUUAACCCCGUUCAUAAAAAUAACUAUUUAUGAUGUUGCACCAAAAAUCCUUCCGAUGUUCGAUAAAAAUCUUGCAAACUACGCGUUGGAACAUUUCAAGAGAGAUGGAAUUGAGAUUAAGACUGAACAUCACAUCUUGGGAUUGCGAAGAGGAUUACCCAAGGAAGGAGAAAAUGGAGAAGACGCAGGAAAGGGAUUCACAUUAAACCUGAAGGAAGAAGGUGAUGUGGGUGUGGGAAUGUGUGUUUGGAGUACGGGAUUGAUGAUGAAUCCUUUUAUCGAGAAGGCGUUGAGUUCUGUUCAUACCUUCCCUACUCAGUCUGCUAUUUUGUCUGGAAGUGAUAGCGAGAAGAGUAUGGAGAGACCGGAAGAUAAAAAAUGGGAACUGAAAAGAAGUCCCAAAACGGGUGGAUUGAUGGUGGAUAAUUUCUUUAGGGUUAAAUUGGCUACUCGUUCAUCUCCAGACGGAGCAAAGCAAACUCAACAAGAAGCAACGAUGAAUGAUGUCUUCGCAUUGGGAGAUGUAGCUGUCUUGGGAGAUAUGGGAUUACCAGCUACAGCGCAAGUGGCAAAUCAGGAAGCGAGAUGGCUGGGCAAAAGACUUAAUAAGAUGGACAAGGCAGGGAAAAUUGGAGCUGCUGAGGACAAAGGAUUUACCUUUAGAAAUAUGGGGGUUAUGACUUAUGUCGGGGGCAUGAAGGCGAUUAUGCAGACGGAUGGAAAGGGAGAGAUUAAGGGAAGAACAGCAUGGGUAAUCUGGAGAGGUGCAUAUCUAACUCAAACAAUCAGCUGGAGGAAUAAAAUACUUAUCCCUAUGUAUUGGGCAAUCAAUUGGCUGUUUGGGCGUGAUAUAUCAAGGUUUUAG